GUGAUAUUUUUUGAAAGCUAAUCCGAUCCACUUGACAUUACGAUAGCAGCAGGCUCAAUUUACGUCAUGUAGAUUGUUUAAUCAGAUAACCAAUGUCCUGCAUCUGGGGUCAGUCAGUUGUAUUAAUCCUGAUGUAAGAGAAGAGAUUCAAAGAUGAUAAGAGUAAAGUACUAUGAGAUCCUCUCGAAUCUGAAUGUUUUCGUCAGUUUGUUCAUAAGUUGUAGUUUUCACAUUGACCGCCAUUACAAUGUGGUCGUUUGACAGGAAGAACGGUUUAACUCUCUUAACAAGAAAUGGAAUGCCAGACGAAGAAAUCAUUGGUUUAGAAAAAUCGAACAAUGUUAACUGUAUCAAGAUACAUACUUUCGAAGAAACAAAAAUUUAUAGACUAGAAAAAUUUGACAGUAAAUGCACACAAUUUGCAACUAGAUUUAAAAGUUGUUUAAACAGUAGAUCAAGCUUUGUGGAGAUGUGGAAAUAUCUUCAUACCGAAAAUAAGAACAAAGAAGACAAAAUUGCUGACAGCGGAGUAAAAAAUAAAGCAACCAAUGUAAAGGAGCAAACAGAAACAAAGAAAAAAGACCAAAUUGAUAUCGACGCAGAAAAAAAGAAAAAAGACCAAAUUGAUAUUGACGCAGAAAAAAAGAAAAAAGACCAAAUUGAUAUCGACGCAGAAAAAAAGAAAAAAGACCAAAUUGAUAUCGACGCAGAAAAAAAGAAAAAAGACCAAAUUGAUAUCGACGCAGAAAAAAAUAGAGCAACAAAUGCAAAGGAACAAACAGAGAAGAAGAAUAGAACAGAUGAAACAGAUAACAACGAAGAGAAUAUGAAAGAUGACGCACUUGAGCCUAAAGAAAGAGAUUACCAAAAAGAGUCUUCAGAUACAUGUGACUUAGAACAAAUGACAGAAGAGACAGACACUGAAAGUGACACACCAGAAAAGGAACUUAGCUUCGAAGAACGAAUUCAAAGAAAAUUCAGAGGAUAUUUUCCUUUGCCGGUAGGAAACCUCAAAGAGCCAUCAUCUACAAAUCUCGUGAGAGUUCCAGAUGAAUCCCAUACUAAACAGUUAGAAAAGGAAUUUAGGAGAAAACCUUUCAACUACUACACACUUAUGGUAGUAAACAUACCUGGAUUAUCUGAUAUUCCAGAUAAUAUACAAACUUGUAAAUUGGAGACCAUAGGUGGUAACCAUUCAAGAAUAGCCUUGAAAAACAUAUUGAAAGACAAAGAAUUGAGUUCAGAAGAACGAAAAAAAUACGAGGAACGCUUGUGUGCCGUAUACUGCUCUCUAACACCACAAGAAGCCAAGCGAGUUGGACUGGAGCACAAUACAAUUCACAGAUUUGGAAAGGAUAUAGAUAUCUUUGCAAGAAUUGAGUGUUUUCGUUCAACCUUGUUUCAAAGGGCUGGAUUCAAUAAAAAAUCAGACAUACAAACUAAAGAAACACCAGUAGACAAAAAUUUACUGAAUGAAUGGAAAAACGACUUAGAGAUGAUAACAGGAGUCGAAAAUAGGAAGAAACUGAAUAAUAAAUUUCGUUUCGAAUUGUUUUUGGCCCAGUUUUCAACCCCAUGCUGGUUGCAACUGAGAUCCUUUAUUGAUAAUUUUAAAGGUAGCAAACGUAAACAAAAAAAUAAGAUAAGUGGAAGACAGUUACGGUGCUUAGAUGGGUUAAAGGAAAAGACUAUUUUGGAUCUUCUUCAGAAGAACAACAACCAGCAUGUUGACUUCUGUAAAUUCAAAGCCAUGUGUGACGAACAUAAAUCAAAGUCAUCGUCAGUGACAUCAAAGGGGAAGCACAAGGCCACAUUAAAAAAUGCUGUUACAGAAGAAGAAACAACUGAACCCGAUGGUGAAGAAAGAAUUAUCACUAUUGCUGAAGAAGAUGCGGCUAGUGAAAGUGCAAGUGAUGCAUCUGAAAGAGACGAGUAUAAACUUCUGUACUUAAAAAAUAAGACCCAUUUAGACGAUAGCUUAAAGAAAAUCAAUGUACUACACAAAGAAAACACAUCAAUGAAGCAAAAAUAUGCAGAACUCAAAAAUAGUUUCGAACAAGAAAAGUUGAGUAGCCAAAAUUGUAAAUGUGAAGCUGAUACUCUUAAAAAAGAAGUUAGUGAUCUGAAGAAGAAAUUAGGUAAUAUCUUCAAAGAAAACAAAGAAUUGAAAGAAGACAUAAACAAACGGAAGUUGGCAUCCGUGACAGAUUUUUGUGCCAGUACUAUCUCUGUGGAUCUUAAUCCAUCUCCAAGGAAAAAACUCUGUACAGAAAAUAACACAGACACCAAUGAUGGGAAAAGGAAACGUCAAAUGAAUGAGGAAAACACUGAGUACAAGGAUGGAGAAAACGUUUUAUGCUUUUGGAAGCAGGACCAGAAGUGGUAUGAAGCUGAUAUCAUAGAGAAAAGGAGUAAAGGAUACUUUGUUAAAUUUGUACUCGAUGGAGUAGAGAGAGUUCUAAAGCAAAAGGACAUAAAAAAGAAGAAGACUGGAAAAAGAUGAUACUUUUGCAGUCAAAAUCCAUAUAAAAUGUGAAUUAAUAAAUGUGUAUAUAUUUA